AUGCUGAUACUAUGUGGAAUAGAGUCAGUGAUGCCAUUGACACCAUUAUUAGAAGAGAUGAAAGCACUGAAAUCUGGCCCUCUUUUGCCUCAUUGUGUUGAAGCUGCUCUUAACCUUGGAUGCAUUGCUGUUCCAAUCAACUUGGGUUCGGUGUAUCCUUUGUAUUACGGAAGUGAUAAUCAGACCCAGCAAGUGAACAUGUCCUUAAGAGUCCCUGAGACGCCUAUAAUCACUGGCAUGCCUAUUAGUAUAAAAGCUCCGGAAGAAAGAACAGAGAGCUUAUGUGAUUUGUCCUUGAGGCUUGGUUUAUCAUCUUCAGAUCCACCCUCCACAAGAAUAGAUGUUGGGUUUUAG